AAAGAAAAAACACCUUUUUCUCCAUCCAGCCCCUACAAAUAGAUACAUUAACUGAUUAACAAUAACACCCGCAAGAAGUCUAUUGGAGAGAUGGCUGCUGGAGAUUCAUCAAAGGAUUUGGAGAGAAGCUAUUUCGAUGUGUUAGGUCUAUGUUGUUCAUCUGAGGUGCAACUGAUCGACAGGAUUCUUAAACCUCUCCAAGGUGUUCAUCAUGUCUCCGUCAUCGUUCCAACCAGAACUGUUAUUGUUCUUCACGAUGUCGCGCUCAUUUCGCAGCUUCAAAUCGUUAAGGCACUAAACCGAGUACGGCUAGAAGCAAAUGUGAGAAUGAAAGGAGAGCAAAGCUACCAAAACAAGUGGCCAAGUCCUUUUGCAGUGGUGUGUGGUCUGUUACUUUUGUUGUCAUUUUUCAAAUAUGUUUAUUCACCAUUUCAAUGGUUGGCUCUUGGUGCUGUCGUUGUUGGCAUCAUACCGUUGGUUUUGAAAGCUAUCGCAUCACUAACGAACCUUGAAUUCGACAUCAACAUUCUCAUGCUAAUUGCAGCUGGAGGAUCUGUUUUCCUAAAGGAUUACUGGGAAGCCGGGACGAUUGUGUUUUUGUUGAAUAUAUCAGAAUGGCUCGAGAUAAGGGCCAGUCACAAGGCCGCUGCUGUGAUGUCAUCAUUGUUAAGCAUAGCUCCUCAAACGGCUGUAUUAGCGGACACUGGUGAAGAAGUCAACACCAAGGAAGUGAUGGUCAAUACAAGACUUGCAGUUAAGGCUGGGACCAUGAUCCCCAUUGACGGAGUAGUUGUGGAUGGGAACUGUGAAGUUGAUGAGAAGGCUUUAACUGGUGAAUCGUUUCCGGUUUCUAAACAAGUAGAUUCCAAUGUUUGGGCAGGCACUGUUAAUCUAAAUGGUUAUAUCACUGUUAAAACUACCACUCUAGCUGAAGCCUGUGUAGUAGCAAAGAUGGCGAAGCUUGUCGAGGAAGCUCAGAGUAAUAAAUCAAAAACUCAAAGAUAUGUGGACAAAUUCGCCAAGUAUUACACACCAGCUGUGUGUGUAGUAGCCGCAUGCUUAGCUGGAAUACCGGCUGCUUUACGUGUCCAAGAUGUGGAAAAAUGGUAUCACUUAGCAUUGGUGGUUUUGGUAAGUGCAUGUCCAUGUGCGCUCAUCUUGUCUACACCCGUUGCAGCAUUCUGUGCAUUGUCAAAAGCUGCUACAUCUGGACUUCUAGUUAAAGGGGCAGAAUACCUUGAAACGCUUUCUACGGUUAAAUCUAUUUGUUUUGACAAAACCGGCACAAUCACUAAAGGGGAGUUCUCUGUGUCCAACUUCCAUCCGCUCAUUAACAGUCACAAAUUGUUAUACUGGGUUUCAAGCCUAGAGAGCAAGUCUAGUCAUCCAAUGGCUGCAGCGCUUGUAGACUAUGCACGCGCUCAUUCAGUCGAACCACAACCAGACAAUGUGGAGGAAUUCAAAGAUUUCCCUGGCGAAGGUAUUUUUGGAAAGAUUGAUGGACAAGAUGUUUAUGUCGGAAACCAAAAGAUUGGCAUUAGAGCAGGGUGUUCACAAGUUCCAACGAAUGAGAGCGAAAAUAAUGAAGGGAAUUCGAUCGGUUACAUAUUUUUGGGGUCUACUCCUGCUGGAAUCUUUAGUCUCUCUGAUUCAUGUAGAAUCGGAGUAAAGGAAGCACUCGAAGAACUUAAAUUUAUGGGGAUUAGAACAGCCAUGCUUACAGGAGAUUGUCAAGAUGCAGCUGAUUAUGCACAAAAUCAGUUAGGAGGGGCAUUAGAGUCUGUUCAUGCACAACUUUUACCUCAAGAUAAAGCUAAAAUUAUAAAAGAACUUCAAAAAGAAUCCAAAACAGCCAUGGUUGGGGAUGGGCUGAAUGAUGCACCUGCUUUAGCCACAGCAGAUAUCGGGAUCUCAAUGGGUGUUUCCGGAUCAGCAUUAGCAAACGAAACCGGACACAUAAUCCUAAUGUCAAAUGAUAUCAGAAAAGUGCCAAUAGCCGUGAGACUCGCCAGAAAAACCCGCAGAAAAAUAUUUGAAAAUAUAUUUAUUGCCACAGUCACCAAGGCUGCUGUAAUUGCAUUAGCUAUUGCGGGCCACCCGCUAGUUUGGGCUGCAGUUCUUGCCGAUGUCGGGACCUGUUUGCUACUGAUUUUUAACAGCAUGCUUUUGUUGCAAGGUACACCGUCGAAAAGCAUGAAAACGCAGUGCUUGUCUGCUGCUACUAAGGUUCAAAAGCAGGGUGGUUGUUGUGGUCAGGACGAGCUGAAGCAUUUGGUAGUACAAGAAGCUAAAGAAAACGGCAGUUGUUGUGCUCGCGAUGUUAUACCCGAAACGGAAGAUAACGAGUUAGUCCAUCCACUGAUUGACAAGAAGGGACAUCUAUCAGAAAUUGUGAUCGAGUAAAUGUCCACAAUAUCUCAAGAUGUAUAUAGUUAGUGGUUAUAAGUGUUGGGGUGGUAUUUUAUGUAAAAUUUGUGGGUGUAAUGUAAAUAUUGUUGCCCGUUUGGGAAUUUGCUUGACAUGUUAAUGUGUGAAUUGUGAUGGUAAAAUUUUCAAACUUCAGCAAACCAUAUUCAAAUUAAA